ACCCGUACCCUUACCAGCGUUCCCCGCUUCGGCCGGAUCUGACGUGCUACGGUGAAAUUUCCGCGGUUCGGUUGCGGGGAAUUCGAGCUAGGGUUUGCGCGUACCGUCGCCCGCGUCGUCGCGGCGUAACCCUAGAACCUCGAGGAAACAGGCCCGUGUUGGAUAAAAAGGCUGUGAUAAGAAAUUGAGAAUUGAUGUUCUGGACUAUCACUCCACUUCUUCUGUGAGGAUAAAAAGGUUGUGAUAAGCAAUUAAGCCUUGGUGUCCUGGAUUGUCACUCCUCUUUUUCUGUGAGUUGGCUUGGUUAAUGUGUGCUUUGUGGUAAAGAUGACAGACAAUGGUAAAGCAAAGUCAGGCUCAGGAGCAGCCUAUACAAUCAAUCUAGAGACCUUCAGUAAGCGGCUUAAGGUGUUUUAUGACCAUUGGAACGGAAACAAGUCUGAUCUUUGGGCUUCUUCUGAUGCCAUUGCAAUUGCUACUCCGCCUCCUUCUGAGGAUCUCCGUUAUUUGAAGUCCACAGCUCUGGAUGUUUGGUUACUUGGGUAUGAAUUUCCAGAAACCAUAAUUGUCUUCAUGCAGAAGCAGAUACAUUUCUUAUGCAGCCAGAAGAAAGCAAAUCUCAUUGGAACCCUCAAGGAUGCUGCAAGUGAGGCUGUUGGUUCUGAUAUUAUCUUGCAUGUGAAAAGCAAGAAUGGGGAUGGCAUUGACCUGAUGGAUGACAUACUGCGUGCUGUUUCUGCUCAGUCGAAAUCUGACACUCCAGUUGUUGGUCACAUUGCAAAAGAGGCACCUGAGGGUAAGCUCCUUGAAACAUGGGCAGAAAAGUUAGCUGGUGGAUCUGUACAACUUGCAGACGUAACACAUGGGUUUUCUGAGCUUUUUGCCGUGAAAGACGCCACAGAGAUCAUAUGUGUGAAGAAGGCUGCUUACCUAACUUCAUCUGUGAUGAAAAACUUUGUGGUACCGACCAUGGAGAAGGUUAUUGAUGAGGAGAGAAAAGUCUCACACUCCUCAUUGAUGGAUGACACAGAGAAGGUUAUUCUUGAUCCUUUGAAGGCCAAGGUGAAGUUGAAGCCUGAAAAUAUUGAUAUAUGCUACCCUCCUGUCUUCCAAAGUGGAGGGAAGUUUGAUCUUAGGCCAGGUGCCUCCAGCAAUGAUGAUUAUCUCUACUAUGAUCCUGCAAGUAUCAUCAUCUGUGCAAUUGGGUCCAGGUACAGUAACUACUGUUCCAAUGUUGCCAGAACAUUUUUGAUAGAUGCUACCCCGGCACAGAGUAAGGCGUAUGAGACACUUCUGAAAGCUCAGGAAGCUGCUUUAGCAGCAUGUAAACCAGGCAAUCAGAUGUCUGCAGUUUUUAAGGCUGCAGUUGCAGUGUUUGAGAAGAAUGCCCCUGAACUGCUUCCUAAUCUAACAAAGUCAGCUGGAACUGGAAUUGGCCUUGAGUUCCGAGAAUCUGGCUUAAACUUGAAUGCCAAGAAUGACCGUCUGAUAAAAGAGGGAAUGAUUUUCAAUGUCAACCUUGGUUUGAGUAAUAUACAGGCAGAAACAAACAAUGAGAAGACAAAGCAGUUCUCUUUGUUAUUAGCUGAUACAGCUUUAGUUAAUGACAAGGCUGCAGAGAUCUUGACCAAUUGCUCCAAGGCUGUUAAAGAUGUUGCAUAUUCAUUUAAUGAAGAUGAGGAGGAAGUUCCGAAGCCGAAGCGGGCUAAGGUUGAGCCAAAUGGCGUGGAAGCACUACCAUCCAAGGCAACACUUCGGUCAGACAACCAGGAGAUGUCCAAGGAAGAGCUCCGGAGACAGCACCAGGCUGAACUUGCUCGUCAAAAGAAUGAAGAGACUGCUAGAAGGCUUGCUGGGGGUGGUUCUGGUAAUGGUGAUGGCCGUGGUCCUUCUAGGAAUUCAAAUGAGCUUGUUGCGUACAAGAAUGUGAAUGAUGUACCUUAUUCGAGAGAGUUGGUGAUACAAGUAGAUCAGAGGAAUGAAGCUGUUCUCUUACCUAUAUAUGGCAGUAUGGUCCCUUUCCAUGUUUCUACUGUUAAGAGUGUGACCAGCCACCAGGACAACCGCACCUGCACUAUCCGCAUUUUCUUCAAUGUACCUGGCAUGCCAUUCUCAAAUGACAAAGAUCUGAAGUCUCAAGGAGCUAUCUACUUGAAAGAGAUUACAUUCCGCUCGAAGGAUCCACGGCAUAGCAGUGAAGUUGUGCAGCAGAUCAAAACAUUGAGGAGGCAAGUAGCUUCAAGGGAGUCAGAGAGAGCUGAAAGGGCCACCCUUGUUACCCAGGAGAAGCUCCAGCAGGCAAGCAACAAAACAAAGCAAAUGAGGCUUAAUGAUGUCUGGAUAAGGCCUCCAUUUGGUGGUCGUGGGAGAAAGCUGACAGGAACUCUUGAGGCCCAUGUUAAUGGUUUCAGAUAUUCCACUUCACGGGCUGAUGAGCGUGUGGAUAUCAUGUACGGGAAUAUAAAACAUGCUUUCUUCCAGCCAGCAGAGAAAGAAAUGAUUACCCUCCUUCAUUUCCAUCUGCACAACCAUAUCAUGGUUGGAAACAAGAAGACGAAGGAUGUCCAGUUUUAUGUUGAAGUGAUGGAUGUUGUUCAAACUGUUGGUGGCAGCAGGAGGUCAGCCCUUGAUCCUGAUGAGAUUGAAGAAGAGCAGCGUGAGAGGGACCGGAAGAACAGAAUCAACAUGGAGUUCCAGAACUAUAUCAACAAGGUUAAUGACCACUGGUCGCAACCACAGUUCAAGGGGCUUGAUCUGGAGUUUGAUAUCCCUCUUAGAGAGCUCGGGUUCCAUGGGGUGCCGUAUAAAGCUUCAGCUUUCAUCAUUCCAACUUCAACUUGCUUGGUUGAGCUGAUUGAGACCCCCUUCCUGGUGGUGACCCUGGGUGAGAUAGAGAUUGUUAAUCUGGAGAGGGUGGGCUUUGGAACAAAGAACUUUGACAUGGCUAUCGUGUUCAAGGACUUCAAGAAGGAUGUUCUCCGCAUCGACUCCAUCCCGUCAACCUCACUUGACGCUAUAAAGGAGUGGCUGGACACCACUGAUCUCAAGUACUAUGAGAGCAGGCUGAAUCUGAACUGGCGUCCUAUCCUGAAGACUAUCAUUGAUGAUCCUCAGAAGUUUGUUGACGAUGGUGGCUGGGAGUUCCUGAACAUGGAGGCAAGUGAUUCUGAGGCAGAGGAAACAGAGGAAUCGGACCAGGGGUAUGAGCCUUCUGAUGCUGAGCCUGAGUCUGAAUCAGAAGAGGAAGACUCCGACAGCGCGUCCUUGGUGGAAUCAGACGAGGAUGAGGAAGAGGAUUCUGAUGAAGACUCUGAGGAAGAGAAGGGCAAGACCUGGGACGAGCUGGAGCGGGAGGCGACCAACGCGGACCGGGAUCAUGGCGCAGAGUCUGACAGCGAGGAAGAAAGGAGGCGCCGCAAGGUCAAGACCUUCAGCAAGUCGGGCGCACCACCGCAGCGUGGUCCUAGCAGCAGCAAGCAUGCUCCGCUGCCGCAGCGUGGUGGCAGCAGCAGCGGCAACAAGUCUCGCCCGCCUCCCAGUAGCUCCAAGGGAGGGCCGCCCUCGAAGAAGCCGAAGUUCAGGUGAUUGGUUCGUCUUGGUCGCGCCCUCUGAAUCUCUGCUCUUUCGGGGAGGCAUAGUAUUUGUAUGGUUUGGUUGUAGCAGAAGCCGUCUAGUUCGCUCUUUAGGCCGUCGUGGUACUCGUUUCUGCAGUAGCUUUGCUCGUACUAUCGUUAUAGUCAGUCAAUCGGAACCUUGGUGAAUUGUUAUGUUGUUAUUACCUGGCGUGUGUGACAGAGUCUGAAGACUUGUUGUUUGUCGUUUGGAUAAAUUCAAGCUGGUUCAUCUGCUGUGUCAUGGUUGAUGUAAUGCUUUAUUGUAGAUUGUCUGACAUCCAGUUUGUAUAAAUUUCAUUUGACA